AUGAAAUCAGAUUUUAUUUGCCUUCGAAAACAUUUAUUUAGAGAUUCGAUAUAUCAUAUUGAUAUCCAAAACGAUAAAUUACUGUUACUUAAUACUGAAGGACUAACAAAAUAUUCAAUAAGUUUAAAUUGGUCUGUAGAAAUUAGUUGGAAUAACUUGAACUCAGAUCCUGCUUUUGGAUUAGUGAUCAACUAAAAAAUUAAAUGGUUCCAUGCUAAGCCCAAAAUAAUAGAAACGCUGAGAACCACACUUAAAAAACGCAUUACUUCUACUGAUUUUUAAGUAUUUUAUAAUCUAGGAUCGCACAUAUCCAAAGGCCAAAAUAGUUAUUGCUAUGAAUUCAUUUCAAAUGGUGAUUAUUAAUUGAAUUAUGUUGCUAAACUUAUAAAACAAGAACAAAUUAGAGACAUAAACUAAUUAUACAAUGAACUAAAUAUACUUAAAAUAUUGAAUCAUUAAGGACUUCCUAAAUUGGUUGAAUUCUUUAGAACAAAUAAUACUUAUUAUAUUGUAAUGGAAAAAAUAGAGGGAUAAAAAUUGAGUAGAUUGAAUUCGACAAAAAAACAAUAAUUAAGUUUAAUUUAGAUAUAGUCAAUUAUCAUCGAGUGCUUAAAGAUUUUAUAAUACCUAGAAUAAAUAUAAGUAAUCCAUAGAGACAUCCAGCCAGACAAUAUUAUCUAUGAUCAAAAACUGCAAACUGCAUCAGUGAGAUUAAUUGACUUCGCCAAAGCUUCCAUUUCUGGUUCUGAUCAAAAAAUAUUAGGUACUCCUGGAUUCAUAGCUCCUGAAAUUUUAAGGGAAAACAAAUAUUCUACAGAAUCAGACAUGUUCUCUUUGGGUUGUGUAUUUUAUAAAUUAUUGGUUAAAUAAGAUCUAUUUUAAGGAGUCAGUAGAGAUGAUACUUUGAAAGAAAACCAAAAAUGCUUAUUUAAUCUAAGGAAUCUUCAAUUAAUACGAAUUCCAUAAAGUGCUUAACAUUUACUUUCUUAAAUGUUGUAAAUCGAUCCUAAACAAAGGAUCAAGCCAAUUGAAGCAUUAAAUCAUCAUUUCUUUAAAGAAAAUAUGGACAAUCUUGCAUCUCCAAAGAUAAGAGCAAAAAAUUUAUCAUUACAUUAAUCUAUUCAUAACUUGGAUGCCAUUUUGACCAGCCCUUCAUAAAAUUAAUUGAUUUUGCUGGAUUAAUAAAUAAGAAUUGAUUACUUUUAAAAUGAACUACCUCCAAUAAACUAAGUCCCAGUUAUGAAAUAAGUCAAAGGAGGAUACCGUUCUAGUCCUCAAACUGAAACUGAUACUUCAAAGAAAAGCCAGACUGAAAAUAUAUCAAAUUGA